GUCUAACCUUAAUAUUUGUUUAUAACUUUUAGUUUAUAAAUUAAAAUAAGAAAAAAAAUGCCUUUAAUAGUAAUUACAGGUGUUCCCAGCAGUGGCAAAACUACAAGAAGUCAAGAAUUACGAAAAUUCUUUGAAGAACAAGGUAAAGAGGUUCGCAUUAUUAGUGAAUUAGACCAUAUUGUGAAUGCUGGUUUUGAAAAGAACUCCUUUUAUGACGAUAAAGACAAAGAAAAGCAUAUUAGAGGACUUUUGAAAUCUGAAGUUUUAAAAUUAGUGUCCGCUAAUAAUAUUGUAAUUUUGGAUGCCUUGAAUUAUAUAAAAGGAUAUAGAUAUGAACUUUUCUGUGGAACCAAAGCAAAUAAAUGUACUCAAUGUACAGUUCACACUGAAAUAAAUCGAGAAGAGGCUUGGCAAUUUAAUGAAAACCGCACAAGUGACGUUGAAAAGUACAAUAGAGAAACCUUUGAUGCCCUUGUUAUGAGGUAUGAAGAUCCUAAUGGUAAUAACAGAUGGGAUGCUCCUUUAUUCACAAUUUUCCCUAAUCAAGAUUUGGAUUUAGAUAACAUUUAUGCUAGCUUAUUUAAGAAAAAGGCUCCAAAACCAAAUAUGUCUACCCAGAAUCCUCCUCUGAAAUCUACAAACUUUUUAUAUGAUUUAGAUCAAGUAACAAAAAAAAUUGUAGAUGAGUUAGUAAAAGAGAAGAAAAAUGGAAAUAAUGGUAUAAUUACAGUGACUGGAUUCGAUGAUUUAAACAUUGAUAUAUCUAAUAUGAGUAUACAGCAGAUAAUGAACUCUAGAAGACAAUACAUUACUUAUUCAAAAAUGCAUGCACCUGAUCCUGAUAAAAUACCUAAAUUAUUUGUUCAGUUCUUAGCUACUACUCUUAAGUAAUAGGUUUGUAAGAUGAUAAUUAUAUACAAUAUUGUAAAUAUAAAUUUUAUUUUUCAACUUUCUUUUCAACCAUCAUUCUCAGUUUGAUUUUUUUACACAUGUUUUUUUAACAUCUAGAUAAAAAAUAUACAUAUGUAUAUAUUAAUUUUAAAACAACUGACAGAGCUACUAGCUAAUUUACACACAUAAAAACAGAUUUCACACCUAUUUAAUAACAGUAAAGUCUAAUCUUUAAACAUAAAUAUGUACAUUUUGUAUAAUUUUAAUAUAAGAAAAUAUAAUAAAGAAAUCAUUUUAAAAAAAUAGAUAUUUCAUUAUUUACAGAACUUCUAACAAAGCAGUGGUUUGAUCUCCAUACAUUUUGCUUUCAAAAGCUCAAUUAUAAUCAUAAAACUGUUAAGUAAUUAUGAUAUAAGUAAUAAGUGUA